UUGCAUCUGUAAACAAUUUGCCAUUUCCGCUUCGAUUGGAUCAAAGCUAGAGAGAGAAACAGAAACAAUGGAGUUUUCUAUGUUCUUCAAUUCGCCUUCAUCGUCUUCUUCAUCUUCUUCUACAACUAUCAACAACCCUAAAUUUCUACGAUGAAAAACAGAUCCCUUUCUCAAUUCCACCAUCGCUUUCAUCUCUCCUUCAUCAAUUCAAUCGGCAACCGAUUUUUACUUCUUGAUGAUGAUCUGUCCGGCCUCUUAGCUAUCGAUCUAAGGCCGUGACGGUGUAUCUGUGUUUUUUCCCCGGGAUUUUGUGGCUUUGAGUUUUUUCUGUGUUUUUCCCCGGGAUUUUGUGGCUUUGAGUUUUUUCUCAAUAAUUCUAGGGUUUCCCCUCCCCUUUUUGUUUAUUUCUGCGCGAAGUUUGCAUCAUGGAGCCUCGAGUUGGUAACAAAUUUAAACUCGGUCGGAAAAUUGGAAGCGGAUCGUUUGGAGAGAUCUAUCUCGGUACUAAUAUUCAGACGAAUGAAGAAGUUGCAAUUAAGCUUGAAAAUGUGAAGACGAAACAUCCACAACUGCUGUAUGAAUCAAAGCUAUAUAAAAUACUACAAGGAGGAACUGGAAUUCCAAACGUGAGGUGGUUUGGUGUUGAGGGAGAUUAUAAUGUUCUUGUGAUUGAUUUGUUGGGCCCUAGCCUUGAAGAUUUAUUUAACUUCUGCAGCAGAAAAUUGUCUCUUAAGACCGUUCUUAUGCUUGCAGAUCAGAUGAUCAAUCGGGUGGAGUUUGUCCACUCCAAGUCCUUUCUACAUCGGGAUAUCAAACCAGAUAAUUUUCUCAUGGGCUUAGGCAGACGUGCAAAUCAGGUCUACGCGAUCGAUUUUGGUUUAGCUAAAAAGUACAGAGACACUUCAACUCAUCAGCACAUUCCUUACAGAGAAAACAAGAAUUUGACAGGAACAGCAAGAUAUGCAAGCAUGAAUACCCAUCUUGGCAUUGAACAAAGCCGCAGGGAUGAUUUAGAAUCACUUGGAUAUGUUCUUAUGUAUUUUUUAAGGGGGAGUCUUCCUUGGCAGGGACUUAAAGCAGGAACGAAGAAACAAAAGUACGAAAAGAUUAGUGAAAAGAAAGUCUCCACUUCUAUAGAGGCCCUAUGUCGUGGAUACCCUACUGAAUUUGCUUCGUACUUCCAUUAUUGCCGAUCAUUAAGAUUUGAUGAUAAGCCAGACUAUGCUUAUCUAAAAAGACUCUUCCGUGACCUUUUCAUUCGCGAAGGUUUUCAGUUCGAUUAUGUGUUUGAUUGGACCAUUUUGAAGUACCAGCAAUCCCAGAUAACUGCCCCACCUACCCGUGCCAUUGGCGGUGCUGGACCAAGUUCUGGAGUACCUAUGGCUGUAGCAAAUGCUGAUAGGCACCCUGGUGGGGAGGAAGGUCGACCACCACCGAGUGGUUGGGUACCAGCUGACCCCUUGCGAAGGAGAAACUCCGGUCCAGUUACAGGCACUGGAAAUUUGUCAAAACAAAAACCUCCAGCCACAAAUGAUCCCGCUGUUGCUAAGGAACCCAUACUACCAAAUUCCAAUAUGAUGCGUUCAAGUGGAUCAUCAAGACGAGCUGCCAUUGGUAGCGGUCAAGAUACAACCCUUCUCGGAUGUGAAUCUGACCCAUCUCGCCAUGCAAUUCCAGAUCCAAGUUUAGGAGCUGUACACAAAAUUUCUAGUGCACAAAGGCAUUCCCCUGUUUUACAAGCUGAUCAGAACCGUACAACCUCGGCCAGAAACAUAUCAGGCAUCAGGAACUUUGAAUCAACUCUUAGGGGUAUCGAAAGCCUCCAUUUUAAUCAAGAUGAGAAGGUACAAUAUUAGCGGUUAACACUUGCGUGCUCGCUAUCUAUCUGUUUGUAAAUACGGUUGGGCGGUUUGUUGUGCUUUCGUUUGUGUUUUUAGGAAAGCAACAGCAGGAACUUGGGAACGAAGAACAUUUUAAUAUCACAUAAAUUCUAGGAAGAGGAGAUUAUUACUGUGGGUCAACGAAAACUUGUCAAUGAAAGCCAUUUAUAGUCUUGCCUUAGGUAGUGGCUCUCGUUUGGUCUCUCUCUCUCUCUAAUUUAUUUGUUGAAUACUGUUUUGUUGUAUUUGUUUUUGCUAUUUGUCUUCGGCUUUUCUUUUAUUGAUAUCCAAAUGAACAACGAAAUGUGUAAUUAGUUGUUAUGCUUUGAAUUCCUUAGCAACGGUACUUAUGCUUUGAAUUCCUUAGCAACGGUAAUGUGGCCAUUUUAAGCCUCCGUGUGAUUAUCAACACCUUUCUA